AGACGUACCAUUGAAAAUAAAAUACGUGAUUGGUCGAAUUAAAGUGAGCAGUGGGCUUGAGGGUUAUUAACAUCCGGUUUUUCAAAUGGACGUUCAAGUUAAUUUUAAAUGGUCUCUCAGUUAGUACUAUAACAUACUCGCAAACGACGUAUGCCGGUAAUUUUUGUGGCACAAAAAUGCCACCAGUGUCAGGUGGGGCUUCCAGCUUUGGAGAAAGAAUUGAGAACUAUGAAGUUCUCAAUUUGCUUGGAAAAGGAGGUUUUGCCAGUGUAUAUCGAGCGAGGUGUUUGAAGACGGGGAUUGAAGUGGCUGUUAAAAUGAUUGACAAAAAGUUAAUGCAAGCAGCUGGGAUGGUAGGUCGAGUGCGCCAAGAAGUUGCAAUUCAUUCUCGCCUCAAACAUCCUUCAGUCCUGGAAUUAUAUACAUUCUUUGAAGAUGUAAAUUAUGUAUACUUAGUCCUGGAACUAUGUCAUAAUGGAGAAUUACAGAGAUACAUAAAAAAUAAUGCUAUGCUUUUAACUGAAGAGGAAGCAAGUCACAUUUUUCGUCAAGUUGUUCAGGGUUUGUUGUAUUUACAUUCGCAUAACAUUCUGCACCGGGACAUAUCUUUGGCUAACCUGCUGCUAAGCAAGGACAUGAGAAUUAAAAUAGCAGACUUUGGACUAGCAACACAAUUGUCUUGUGCAGAUGAGAAACAUCUUACCAUGUGUGGAACUCCAAACUAUAUCUCACCUGAGGUUGCAACACGCAGUUCACAUGGGCUGGAAGCAGAUGUCUGGGGCCUUGGUUGCUUACUGUACACUUUAUUGGUUGGAAGACCUCCAUUUGACACUGAUGCUGUAAAAAGUACUUUGACAAAAGUUGUGAUGGCAGAUUACAAGGUACCAUCACAUUUGUCAAUUAUGGCAAGAGACUUGAUUGAUGUAUUGUUAAAGAAAAACCCUAGAGAAAGAAUACAGCUCCAGAACAUCAUGGAUCACCCGUUCAUGAAGAGCAGUCACAUGCACAAUUUGUUAAAACAGAGUUGCCUGCCAGAGGACACGGCUGACAGUGGGAUGGGCACAAUGUCAACUAAUACUCAUUCACAGGAAACAAGGGACAGCUUUCAGACUAUUAAUGAGCAUAUCUCCAGUGAUCCAUUAUCCUCAACUUGGAAGUAUCAUCGUAAAGGAUUGCAUGAGGAUUUAAAUACAGAUUCGCAACGUGACAAUAAUGAAGACAUUAUGAGAAAACAGUCUGUUAAAAUUAUAUCACGGUCAGAAGAAAACUUUCAUGGCACAAAUUCAUCAGCAAAAUGCAACAAACCAGGAUAUCUUCGUGCCAGAUUUAGUCAUUCAUCUUCAAACACUGAUCAGAGAAACUGUGCAGUGUUGCCAACUCAUCCAUCAGUGCAGGUUUCAAACCUACAACAUUCUUUGUCCCUUUUAAAUCUUCAAGACAGUGCAAAUUCCAGGUUUCACACUGAACAUUACACUUCUGGGUGUAGAAAUGAAAGUGGUGUUAUUUGCUCCACUGGAGAAGGAGACAGUUGUAUUAAUGAGGGAACUAGUUGUAAAAGUAGUGGGGAGAGAGAAAUGCAUUCAGGUCUGGCAUUUGGGAAUAAGUCUAAUAUUGAUGGUGGUUCACAUCAUGGGGAUUGUUACAAGAGCACAUCAGUUCACAGCCAGGACUCAUGUGCACAGAAUUGUAGGAAGUGUGUUGGAAAGUGUUCAGGUGAUGAUGGAAGGAUAUUGCAUGGUUCAUGCACAGGAAUGUGCUGCCAUCAAGCAUCUGACAAUGCUCAAAAUAGUGUGUUCACAAGUGACUCUCUUUGUCAGAACCACAUGACAAAACUUAACAGAGAAGGGGAGGAAGCUGUAAAGGUCCUUCAGAAUAGCGAAAGUGUUAGUAAAGUGACAAAUAACUGUUUAUUUAGGACACAUUCAUCUGAAAAUGUAACAAGACACAAUUCACAGUGCAGCGGAAAUAAUUGCAACUGUAGUGUUGGUUCACUACUUCCCAUACAAAUGCAGUUACACACUGAAAACUGUGAAAAGUGUCAGAAAUGUUCACAGACAGAUUGCUGUAGAAAAAUUUGUGAACAUACCAAAAAUAUUGACACAGAAAAUGUAAAACAUUCUUCUGCUGUGAAAUGUAUGUGUGGUGCUCACAAUGAUGUUAAGAGCCAGGACUGCAAAGGAAGAAAUUGUUUACAUUGUGCUCACCAUUCAGACAAUUCCCCACAGCUGCAGCAUUCUAUAAACAAAUCUUGUCAAAUAUUAAAUUCAUGCCCUACAUUGCAGGAGUCUGGGUGCCAUGGAAGUUUAGAUGAUAGGUACACAUGUAGAGCUGGAAGCAAUGAAGUUUUCAAGGAACAUGGCUCAGGUUGUAUGCAACAAGUAGUACUUGCAAAAAAUGUUAAGGGAGCUACUGGUGGAAGUACUGAGGUCAUGACUAGUGCCGACUGUGGUACUCAUUCUCCCUUAAGUUCUGUUAGAUUACAGCCCACACGGCAUCGUACAAAAAGUGCCAUCUUGAGUAUUCUUGAGUCUGGUGAAGUCUGCAUUGAAUUUUUAAGGAAGAGAAAUGGAAGCAGAGAGGAGAAAGUUGUUGAUGUCUGCAGAAUAUCCAGUGAUGGCCUCAGGAUUGUGUUGUAUCGACCUAAUGGUGGACGUGGUUGUGCUGUGGGAGAUUCACCUCCUGGACUUCCUGAAGAAGGUGCAGAUGCAAUUUAUAGCUUCGAGUCCUUGCCAGCCAAGCACUGGAAAAAGUAUCUCUAUGCUUCAAGGUUUGUUAAUUUGGUGAAAGCUAAGACUCCUAAAGUCACAUUUUACAGUGAUAAAGCAAAGUGUUUACUUAUGGAGAAUGCUCCAGAUCCAGAUUUUGAAGUGUGCUUUUAUGAAGGUGGAAAAAUUACUAAAGUGGAUGGUGAGUGUAUUAAAAUUAUUAAUAGCAGUGGACAUAGUACAGUGCUGGAGAAUGAAAAGUGUGAGCAUUUGCUACCAGCAGCUACAAGACUGCUGUGGGAUCACUUUCAACAGUGCUAUCAUCAGUGCUUGCUGUUGGAACAAAAUUUGACACAAAUUUCUAAAGAGUCUGCAGCAAGAGGGGCAAACUACUUUCCCGUAAUUGUGGGGAAACGGCCUUCUAAUGUGGCCAACAUUAAAGCUGAACGUGUGUCACAUAUGCCACAGAUGUGCUCAUAUGAUGUAUCAUUAAUGAGCACCAUUCCCACCAAGCAUUGCGGAAGUUCAGUGCAGCAUAGACAAAACUUAACUCCCACUAGUAGAGGUUCUUCCCCAUCUGCAUCACUGAAAGAAAGAGAAAAGAGGGUCACUGUGCCAGGCAUAGGCAUGGCUGUGCAACUUCCAUCAGGAGAGGUACAGGUUCAUCAUGAUGAUGGGUCUAUUAUCACAUUCAACUCAGCAAGUGGUGCAGUUCGGUUUGAAAAGCCAGAUGGACAAAUAAAGCAGUAUAGCGAAAAGGAUGUGCUUCCAGAUGAUCUUAAGAUAAAACUAAUACAGAUGCCCAAAAUAGUGCAGUAUCUCAUGAAAACAGAAGCAAAGAUCAGAUCUCCAGUCAUGAUACCCAGGACCAACGUAAUCAGAUGAAUAUAAGCUGAAAACACUUCAUUAAAAAGGUUGCAGAAGAAUGAAAUUGGUCAUAACUCCAGUGGUUUAGUGUUAUAUGUGUCUUGAUACCUCGAGUUCAUAUCAGGGUGUGAUAUGAGAAAAUGAGCACAUUGGGGUGACAGUGUGCAUUGUGCAUUGCACAGCUAUUGUUGACAUUAAGUAAAAAAUAUUAUUUUACCAAAAAUUUCUCAUCAGUUCAUAAUAUGUGGAUUUUGUGUAUAUUACACAACACUUCAAAGGAGGAAUGUAGGAUGGUUUAUGCAGUUGUGGAUGAGAACAUGGUAAAUAAAGGUAGCAAUCCUCUGUUCUUACAAAACCUGUGGAGAAAGUAAAUUUUAUAACUUAGUGGAUUGUAACAUGUUGUUUUCCAAUUGCAUGGUAUGCUGUUGUGCCCAGUUUGAAAACUGGUUGGUAAAACAGCUUUGAUAUGUUGUUAAUUUAUAUAGGCUGUUGUCAGUUUUCAUUGUUACUCUGGCAUCAUCAAAAAUCUGUUGUUUCUCACAGGAUUUUUUCGGAUAGCCAAUAAUGAGAGUGGAAAGGGAACAAAAAAUAUUUAAGUUUAAAUUGUUAUGUUGUCCUUUAACUAAUUACAAAAAUUCUAAUGACAUACCCUAAUAAUACAUCAGCUGUUUCAGUGCAAUAUUUUCUUAGCCAUUUCAUGUUUCAAAUAAGCACAUUAAAAAACUAGAAUGACAAAUGAUAACUUCACAAAGUGAAAUAGAAAUAUGAUUGCAUAACUUCGCAGCCUCUUUUAAGGGUUCAAUGUUUAAAUUAUCAUUAUGACCUUGUUAUAAAGUGUAUUUUUUAUGCUCUUAUAUUUUAUACGUAAAGUAAAGUAAAUUGCAGGAAUUGAUAUUUUUAA